AUGGCAAAGGCUAUCUUCUCGCUAAUUACUAUAUCAUUUGUAUUAAGGGCUGCCUUUUUUAGCUAUGGUGUGUAUCAAGAUUCACAUUUCUCAGUAAAGUACACCGAUAUUGACUACUAUGUAUUCCACGAUGCUGCCCGACAUGUCUUCGAAAACAGUUCUCCAUACGCUCGCGAUACCUAUAGAUAUACACCUUUGCUAUGCUGGUUAUUAUUACCUAACCAUUGGUUAAAUUGGAUUCAUUUUGGUAAACUUUUAUUUGUUAUUUUUGAUAUCCUCACCGGAGUUUUGAUUCUUGCCCUGUUGAAAAGAUGCACGCCGCGAACUAGGUUAAUUCUUGCCUCAGUAUGGCUAUUAAAUCCCAUGGUUAUAACCAUUAGCACUCGUGGAAACUCUGAAUCACUUCUUUCUUUUGCAAUUAUGCUAGCUCUUUUUCUUCUAGAGAAGCAACAAUAUGCCCUUGCUGGUUUGGCAUAUGGGUUAUCCAUACACCUAAAGAUUUAUCCUAUUAUUUACAGUGUGCCAAUAUCAAUUUACGUCUUCAACACAGGAGGCAAAUAUUGGUUACUAAGAUUGGUCACAAUGGGGGGUUUAACAAUAUCUGUUUUAGUAUCACUGGGUCUACUAAUGUAUCAUUAUUAUGGGGACGAAUUUGUCCAACACACAUACAUUUAUCAUUUCAUCAGAACUGACCAUCGUCAUAAUUUUUCCGUUUGGAAUAUCCUCCUUUAUCUUGAUUCUAGUUUAAAGGAAAGGACUUCCAUCGAUUGGGCUAAAUAUGCAUUUGCGCCACAAAUAAUAAUCAGUCUUAGCGUUUGCUACUUACUGUGGGAAUAUACAAGCUGGGAAAAUCUCCUAAAUGUCCUGUUUUUGCAAACACUAUCCUUUGUCACAUACAACAAGGUGUGUACUUCACAAUAUUUCAUCUGGUAUUUAAUAUUUCUACCAUUUUACUUGAAAGAUACCAUGUUAACCUGGAAGACUGGGGUAUUUAUGGGGAUAAUUUGGACCGGAACACAGGCCUUAUGGUUAUAUAAUGGCUACGAAUUAGAAUUUAAGGGUCAGAAUGUUUUCUAUCCAGGCAUUUUCUUUUCGAGCAUUGCCUUCUUCUUGAGCAACAUAUACUUACUGUCAAUAUUUAUUACAGACUGCAAGAAGAGAGGAGCAUUAGUCACACUUAAAAAAAACAUAUAA